UUCACGACAUAGCGUUUUCGGUAGGAAAAAAUCUAAAACAUCACGAUCAUCUCCCUCAUGUGGUGUUUGAGGAUAUUUAUAUGAAUAACGGACAUGACUACCAUCCAUCGACUGGGGAAUUUACCUGUGAUGUGGCAGGAAUGUACUUGUUUACGUUGUCUGCUAAUGUCAGCCCGGGACAUGAGAUGCUGUUCUGUAUGAAAUAUAACGGACAUCAUUGGCGCUACAUGGCAGCCUCUGGAAGCGGAAGUCAUCACCAAACAGCCUCUGUCUCGGCUCUUUAUAGAAUGAAACACGGAGACAUUAUGACGGUAGAGCUGACACGCAAUACAGAUAACACCAUGGCCACCACUACGUUUGAAGGCGUUUUACUUUAUUGA